AUGGCCGCCGUGCCGCUAUCGUUUUCUAGCGCCCAAGGUCAUUCCCUGCGAGCGACAUCUUGGGGCUGCAAGCGCCAGCCACCGACUUUCACCGCUUGCACAGGCGGACCCAUGGUGGCUGCUGUGGCUUCGACGCUGCUUACCCGUGUAUGGGCACAGGCUUCACGAGCCAGCGACCGCCAUGUAGCUAGGAAGGCCCGCAAGGAGAUCCCAGAAGAGGAGACCUUGUGGUCGCCCGCAUCUCCACGGGUUCAAAUUCUCGGCCUUUUACUACUCGCCUGUAUUGCCAAUCAGGCCUGCAGAGCCUUGCCCUUCUACUUGGUGGACUUUGCCCCCAACGCGCAGGCAUCGCAGGCUAUGAAUCAGGAUUUGGCCUUCAGCUCUGCAGACUACGGCUUCUUCGCCACUUUGGGCUUCACCAUCCCGUUCACCCUGGCCUCGCUCUGGGCGGGGGUGGCGGCCGAUAGCGCCGACCGCUUCCGCCUGACGGCGGUCGCCGGCGUGGGCUGGUCUAUUUGCACGGCGGGGAUGGCGCUGUCCAGCUCCUACGGGUCCUUGUUGCUGUCCAGGGCCCUACUGGGUCUCUCCCAGGCAGCUACAAAUCCUGCUGCCCUGUCGCUCAUCGCCGAGCUUUUCCCAGAUGCCAGGGCCACAGCCAAUGCCAUCUUUGGCCUCGGGAUAUAUCUGGGCGGGGCGAUCGCCUCACUGGGCGCCUAUGUCGAUGAGCAGGAAGGCUGGCGUACAACCUGCGUCUUGUUUGGCGUGGCCAGUGUAGCGGCAUCCCUGCCGGUGCUCAGCAAGCAGGAUGCGCACAAGAAUGAGACUGUCUCGUUGCCUUCUUUGCCAGCGAACUUUGGCGAAAUGCAACGUCAGAUAGCCAAGCUUCCAGAGGCUGCUUCGGAGGUUCUGACCAGCUCCCUGCAGGCGGUGGAACCCUCCGGCGCCCGGUGGCUUCUGCUGGGCUCCACGCUGCGCUUCAGCGCAGGAUUCGCGAUCCUGGUGUGGCUGCCCUCAGCAGUACGUGCGACGUUCCCGGAGGACAUCGAGCAGUUUGCGGUGAUUAACUCGCUCAUCAAAGGGCUGGCUGGCGGAAUUUCCUCGGUCGGAGGAGGUCUAGCAGCCGAUGCGCUGCGCUCGCGAGGAUUCGGAGACAAAGCUGCGGCCUAUUUCUGCGCUGCUUCUAGCCUCCUUGCUGCCCCUUUGUGGUACCUGACACUCGCCGACGGCUUCGGCUUCGAGUCGAGCAUGACUUUCCUUUGCGUAGAGUACCUGGUGGCCGAGAGCUGGCUGGGGCCAGCCAUCUCGGCGCUGCAGGGCUCCGUGGAUCCCAAGCGCCGCGGGGCUGCGCAGGGCGUGUUCUCCUCUCUGACCGCGCUGGGCAACGGUUUGCCGGUGGUUUUGGGCCUGCUGGCGCCUGCGGAACUCACUGAGGGCCUGCAGGUCAGCGUGGCGGUUUGCUACGUCCUGAGUGGCAUUUGCUUUCUUUGCGCCUCCCGGCAUUUGUCCCAGGAGACGUCUUCUUAG